GUUUAGAAGAGGACUUUCAUGGGCAAAGUUUGGACUUGGGGUUCUGUGUUAUAAAACUCUGAUUUUAUAUUCAGUGUCGUGAAGUCCCUUUAGGUAAAUCUGGCUGCUGCUGUCAGUGCACCGACUUCUCGUUUCCGAUUGCUGGCCGUAGUUCUAGUUUCCAUUCUCAGCAAAAUUAUAUCCUUCAAGACUUGUGUUUUUUUUUUUCAAUUUGCAAGCGCUUUUAAGCUGCUGUCACUGGCUCCACCGAUUCAAUUGCCUGAGGGCUCAAUUCAUAAGACGUCUCUGCCACUUAGUGCAGCAUUCAGUUGCUGCUUUCAAACACUUCACCACUACGACUUUCCCUAGUCAAGUAAGUGGCUCCAGGAGUUAAAGAUACACCCUUGUCAGGCACCUGAUUCUGCUGUUCCUGAGAUGCCAACACAUGCAGGCCACCUUGCUUUCAAAGAAAUGACAUCACUGUGCAUACAUACUAUGUGAUCUAGAAGCUGGAGUUUUUGUCUCCUUACUUAGGGGAUCAUAAAAGAGGCUGUGGAACGUUAUCUCUGCAUUAAUUACAAGUUAAGAAAAUUGUUUCCAAAUGCACUUUUCAUGCUGUGUAUGCUGAACACUUCAGAAGUGGAGCUCUUAAUAAGUUGUUACUUUUUUCUGUACUUGAAGCAGGAAGUGGUUUGAGGGAGCUGCGUGGUCUUUCACAUGUAAUUCAGUGAGUAAAGGUGUCCUGCCCAGAGGCAGAGCUCACAAGCUGACUGUACUCUGACUCUCAAGGUAUUUCCAAGUGAGUGAGUCGGGGGAAGGGAGUAAGGGAGUGGACUGGAGCUUGGGUCACUAUCUGGGCUGCUACAAUAGGCAUACAAUGGAAAUAGGUGGCUUGAUUGGGGGGAAAAGAUUGACUUAAAUCCCAGCUGUGCAAUUUGUUCAUUGUUUCAAUGGACAAAAGGCAGUUUACCCAGGCUCAUAAUAGCAUACCUGCCUGGGUGUCCAAAUGUAACUAGAUGCUUUCACAAACCCCACCCACAAAGCAGCACAUGUUUUUAAGACUUCAGUUUUCUAUUCACAUCGGCCUCAUAAUACCCACCCUGACCUGCUGUAAAAGACCUGGAACAAACAAAAAUGAUUACACCUACAGUGAAGAUGCACACCAUGUCCUCCUCGCAUCUCUUCUACCUGGCGCUGUGCCUGCUCACCUUCACCAGCUCUGCCACGGCUGGACCGGAGACGCUCUGCGGGGCUGAGCUGGUGGAUGCUCUUCAGUUCGUGUGUGGAGACAGGGGCUUUUAUUUCAACAAGCCCACAGGGUAUGGCUCCAGCAGUCGGAGGGCGCCUCAGACAGGCAUCGUGGAUGAGUGCUGCUUCCGGAGCUGUGAUCUAAGGAGGCUGGAGAUGUAUUGCGCACCCCUCAAGCCUGCCAAGUCAGCUCGCUCUGUCCGUGCCCAGCGCCACACCGACAUGCCCAAGACCCAGAAGGAAGUACAUUUGAAGAACGCAAGUAGAGGGAGUGCAGGAAACAAGAACUACAGGAUGUAGGAAGACCCUCCUGAGGAGUGAAGAGUGACAUGCCACCGCAGGAUCCUUUGCUCUGCACGAGUUACCUGUUAAACUUUGGAACACCUACCAAAAAAUAAGUUUGAUAACAUUUAAAAGAUGGGCGUUUCCCCCAAUGAAAUACAUAAGUAAACAUUCCAACAUUGUCUUUAGGAGUGAUUUGCACCUUGCAAAAAUGGUCCUGGAGUUGGUAGAUUGCUGUUGAUCCUUUAUCAAUAAUGUUCUAUAGAAAAGAAAAAAAAAAUAUAUAUAUAUAUAUAUCUUAGUCCCUGCCUCUCAAGAGCCACAAAUGCAUGGGUGUUGUAUAGAUCCAGUUGCACUAAAUUCCUCUCUGAAUCUUGGCUGCUGGAGCCAUUCAUUCAGCAACCUUGUCUAAGUGGUUUAUGAAUUGUUUCCUUAUUUGCACUUCUUUCUACACAACUCGGGCUGUUUGUUUUACAGUGUCUGAUAAUCUUGUUAGUCUAUACCCACCACCUCCCUUCAUAACCUUUAUAUUUGCCGAAUUUGGCCUCCUCAAAAGCAGCAGCAAGUCGUCAAGAAGUACACCAAUUCUAACCCACAAGAUUCCAUCUGUGGCAUUUGUACCAAAUAUAAGUUGGAUGCAUUUUAUUUUAGACACAAAGCUUUAUUUUUCCACAUCAUGCUUACAAAAAAGAAUAAUGCAAAUAGUUGCAACUUUGAGGCCAAUCAUUUUUAGGCAUAUGUUUUAAACAUAGAAAGUUUCUUCAACUCAAAAGAGUUCCUUCAAAUCAUGAGUUAAUGUGCAACCUAAUUAGUAACUUUCCUCUUUUUAUUUUUUCCAUAUAGAGCACUAUGUAAAUUUAGCAUAUCAAUUAUACAGGAUAUAUCAAACAGUAUGUAAAACUCUGUUUUUUAGUAUAAUGGUGCUAUUUUGUAGUUUGUUAUAUGAAAGAGUCUGGCCAAAACGGUAAUACGUGAAAGCAAAACAAUAGGGGAAGCCUGGAGCCAAAGAUGACACAAGGGGAAGGGUACUGAAAACACCAUCCAUUUGGGAAAGAAGGCAAAGUCCCCCCAGUUAUGCCUUCCAAGAGGAACUUCAGACACAAAAGUCCACUGAUGCAAAUUGGACUGGCGAGUCCAGAGAGGAAACUGUGGAAUGGAAAAAGCAGAAGGCUAGGAAUUUUAGCAGUCCUGGUUUCUUUUUCUCACUGAAGAAAUGAACAUCUGCCAGCUGUGUCAUGGACUCACCACUGUGUGACCUUGGGCAAGUCACUUCACCUCUCUGUGCCUCAGUUUCCUCAUCUGCAAAAUGGGGGCAAUAUGUCAUCUACCUACCUCAAAGGGGUGGUAUAAGGUUUAAAAAGAUAAAGAUUCAGAUUUUUUUUACCCUGGGUUGCUGUAAGGGUGCAACAUCAGGGCGCUUGAGUUGCUGAGAUGCAAGGAAUUCUAUAAAUAACCCAUUCAUAGCAUAGCUAGAGAUUGGUGAAUUGAAUGCUCCUGACAUCUCAGUUCUUGUCAGUGAAGCUAUCCAAAUAACUGGCCAACUAGUUGUUAAAAGCUAACGGCUCAAUCUCUUAAAACACUUUUCAAAAUAUGUGGGAAGCAUUUGAUUUUCAAUUUGAUUUUGAAUUCUGCAUUUGGUUUUAUGAAUACAAAGAUAAGUGAAAAGAGAGAAAGGAAAAGAAAAAGGAGAAAAACAAAGAGAUUUCUACCAGUGAAAGGGGAAUUAAUUACUCUUUGUUAGCACUCACUGACUCUUCUAUGCAGUUUACCACAUAUCUAGUAAAACCUCAUUUAAUACUAUAAAUAAUAUUCUAUUCAUUUUGAAAAACACAAUGAUUCCUUCUUUUCUAGGCAAUAUAAGGAAAGUGAUCCAAAAUUUGAAAUAUUAAAAUAAUAUCUAAUAAAAAGUCACAAAGUUAUCUUCUUUAACAAACUUUACUCUUAUUCUUAGCUGUAUAUACAUUUUUUUAAAAGUUUGUUAAAAUAUGCUUGACUAGAGUUUCCAGUUGAAAGGCAAAAACUUCCAUCAUAACAAGAAAUUUCCCAUGCCUGCUCAGAAGGGUAGCCCCUAGCUCUCUGUGAAUGUGUUUUAUCCAUUCAACUGAAAAUUGGUAUCAAGAAAGUCCACUGGUUAGUGUACUAGUCCAUCAUAGCCUAGAAAAUGAUCCCUAUCUGCAGAUCAAGAUUUUCUCAUUAGAACAAUGAAUUAUCCAGCAUUCAGAUCUUUCUAUUCACCUUAGAAAUUUUUGGUUAAAAGUACCCAGGCUUGAUUAUUUCAUGCAAAUUCUAUAUUUUACAUUCUUGGAAAGUCUAUAUGAAAAACAAAAAUAACAUCUUCAGUUUUUCUCCCACUGGGUCACCUCAAGGAUCAGAGACCAGGAAAAAAAAAAAAAAAAAAGACUCCCUGGAUCUCUGAAUAUAUGCAAAAAGAAGGCCCCAUUUAGUGGAGCCAGUAAUCCUGUUCAGUCAACAAGUAUUUUAACUCUGAGUCCAACAUUAUUUGAAUUGAGCACCUCAAGCAUGCUUAGCAAUGUUCUAAUCACUAUGGACAGAUGUAAAAGAAACUAUACAUCAUUUUUGCCCUCUGCCUGUUUUCCAGACAUACAGGUUCUGUGGAAUAAGAUACUGGACUCCUCUUCCCAAGAUGGCACUUCUUUUUAUUUCUUGUCCCCAGUGUGUACCUUUUAAAAUUAUUCCCUCUCAACAAAACUUUAUAGGCAGUCUUCUGCAGACUUAACAUGUUUUCUGUCAUAGUUAGAUGUGAUAAUUCUAAGAGUGUCUAUGACUUAUUUCCUUCACUUAAUUCUAUCCACAGUCAAAAAUCCCCCAAGGAGGAAAGCUGAAAGAUGCACUGCCAUAUUAUCUUUCUUAACUUUUUCCAACACAUAAUCCUCUCCAACUGGAUCAUAAAUAAAUUGAAAAUAACUCAUUAUACCAAUUCACUAUUUUAUUUUUUAAUGAAUUAAAACUAGAAAACAAAUUGAUGCAAACCCUGGAAGUCAGUUGAUUACUAUACACUACAGCAGAAUGACUCAGAUUUCAUAGAAAGGAGCAACCAAAAUGUCACAACCCAAAACUUUACAAGCUUUGCUUCAGAAUUAGAUUGCUUUAUAAUUCUUGAAUGAGGCAAUUUCAAGAUAUUUGUAAAAGAACAGUAAACAUUGGUAAGAAUGAGCUUUCAACUCAUAGGCUUAUUUCCAAUUUAAUUGACCAUACUGGAUACUUAGGUCAAAUUUCUGUUCUCUCUUCCCCAAAUAAUAUUAAAGUAUUAUUUGAACUUUUUAAGAUGAGGCAGUUCCCCUGAAAAAGUUAAUGCAGCUCUCCAUCAGAAUCCACUCUUCUAGGGAUAUGAAAAUCUCUUAACACCCACCCUACAUACACAGACACACACACACACACACACACACACACACACAUUCACCCUAAGGAUCCAAUGGCAUACUGAAAAGAAAUCACUUCCUUGAAAAUUUUAUUAAAAAACAAACAAACAAACAAAAAGCCUGUCCACCCUUGAGAAUCCUUCCUCUCCUUGGAACGUCAAUGUUUGUGUAGAUGAAACCAUCUCAUGCUCUGUGGCUCCAGGGUUUCUGUUACUAUUUUAUGCACUUGGGAGAAGGCUUAGAAUAAAAGAUGUAGCACAUUUUGCUUUCCCAUUUAUUGUUUGGCCAGCUAUGCCAAUGUGGUGCUAUUGUUUCUUUAAGAAAGUACUUGACUAAAAAAAAAAAGAAAAAAAGAAAAAAAAGAAAGCAUAGACAUAUUUUUUUAAAGUAUAAAAACAACAAUUCUAUAGAUAGAUGGCUUAAUAAAAUAGCAUUAGGUCUAUCUAGCCACCACCACCUUUCAACUUUUUAUCACUCACAAGUAGUGUACUGUUCACCAAAUUGUGAAUUUGGGGGUGCAGGGGCAGGAGUUGGAGAUUUUUUAAAGUUAGAAGGCUCCAUUGUUUUGUUGGCUCUCAAACUUAGCAAAAUUAGCAAUAUAUUAUCCAAUCUUCUGAACUUGAUCAAGAGCAUGGAGAAUAAAUGCGGGAAAAAAGAUCUUCUAGGCAAAUAGAAGAAUUUAAAAGAUAAGUAAGUUCCUUAUUGAUUUUUGUGCGCUCUGCUCUAAAACAGAUAUUCAGCAAGUGGAGAAAAUAAGAACAAAGAGAAAAAAUACAUAGAUUUACCUGCAAAAAAUAGCUUCUGCCAAAUCCCCCUUGGGUAUUCUUUGGCAUUUACUGGUUUAUAGAAGACAUUCUCCCUUCACCCAGACAUCUCAAAGAGCAGUAGCUCUCAUGAAAAGCAAUCACUGAUCUCAUUUGGGAAAUGUGGGAAAGUAUUUCCUUAUGAGAUGGGGGUUAUCUACUGAUAAAGAAAGAAUUUAUGAGAAAUUGUUGAAAGAGAUGGCUAAUAAUCUGUGAAGAUUUUUUGUUUCUUGUUUUUGUUUUUUUUUUUUUACUUUAUACAGUCUUUAUGAAUUUCUUAAUGUUCAAAAUGACUUGGUUCUUUUCUUCUUUUUUUAUAUCGGAAUGAGGAAUAAUAAGUUAAACCCACAUAGACUCUUUAAAACUAUAGGCUAGAUAGAAAUGUAUGUUUGACUUGUUGAAGCUAUAAUCAGACUAUUUAAAAUGUUUUGCUAUUUUUAAUCUUAAAAGAUUGUGCUAAUUUAUUAGAGCAGAACCUGUUUGGCUCUCCUCAGAAGAAAGAAUCUUUCCAUUCAAAUCACAUGGCUUUCCACCAAUAUUUUCAAAAGAUAAAUCUGAUUUAUGCAAUGGCAUCAUUUAUUUUAAAAUAGAAGAAUUGUGAAAGUUUAUGCCCCUCCCUUGCAAAGACCAUAAAGUCCAGAUCUGGUAGGGGGGCAACAACAAAAGGAAAAUGUUGUUGAUUCUUGGUUUUGGAUUUUGUUUUGUUUUCAAUGCUAGUGUUUAAUCCUGUAGUACAUAUUUGCUUAUUGCUAUUUUAAUAUUUUAUAAGACCUUCCUGUUAGGUAUUAGAAAGUGAUACAUAGAUAUCUUUUUUGUGUAAUUUCUAUUUAAAAAAGAAAGAAGACUGUCAGAAGCUUUAAGUGCAUAUGGUACAGGAUAAAGAUAUCAAUUUAAAUAACCAGUUCCUAUCUGGAACAAUGCUUUUGUUUUUUAAAGAAACCUCUCACAGAUAAGACAGAGGCCCAGGGGAUUUUUGAAGCUGUCUUUAUUCUGCCCCCAUCCCAACCCAGUCCUUAUUAUUUUAGUAUCUGCCUCAGAAUUUUAUAGAGGGCUGACCAAGCUGAAACUCUAGAAUUAAAGGAACCUCACUGAAAACAUAUAUUUCACGUGUUCCCUCUUUUUUUUUUUCUUUUUGUGAGAUGGGGUCUCGCACUGUCCCCCAGGCUGGAGUGCAGUGGCAUGAUCUCGGCUCACUGCAACCUCCACCUCCUGGGUUUAAGCGAUUCUCCUGCCUCAGCCUCCUGAGUAGCUGGGAUUACAGGCACCCACCACUAUGCCCGGCUAAUUUUUUGGAUUUUUAAUAGAGACGGGGUUUUACCAUGUUGGCCAGGUUGGUCUCAAACUCCUGACCUUGUGAUUUGCCCGCCUCAGCCUCCCAAAUUGCUGGGAUUACAGGCAUGAGCCACCACACCCUGCCCAUGUGUUCCCUCUUAAUGUAUGAUUACAUUGAUCUUAAACAUGGUCCUUCUCUCCUCAUUCUUCAACUAUCUUUGAUGGGGUCUUUCAAGGGGAAAAAAAUCCAAGCUUUUUUAAAGUAAAAAAAAAAAAAGAGAGGACACAAAACCAAAUGUUACUGCUCAACUGAAAUAUGAGUUAAGAUGGAGACAGAGUUUCUCCUAAUAACCGGAGCUGAAUUACCUUUCACUUUCAAAAACAUGACCUUCCACAAUCCUUAGAAUCUGCCUUUUUUUAUAUUACUGAGGCCUAAAAGUAAACAUUACUCAUUUUAUUUUGCCCAAAAUGCACUGAUGUAAAGUAGGAAAAAUAAAAACAGAGCUCUAAAAUCCCUUUCAAGCCACCCAUUGACCCCACUCACCAACUCAUAGCAAAGUCACUUCUGUUAAUCCCUUAAUCUGAUUUUGUUUGGAUAUUUAUCUUGUACCCGCUGCUAAACACACUGCAGGAGGGACUCUGAAACCUCAAGCUGUCUACUUACAUCUUUUAUCUGUGUCUGUGUAUCAUGAAAAUGUCUAUUCAAAAUAUCAAAACCUUUCAAAUAUCACGCAGCUUAUAUUCAGUUUACAUAAAGGCCCCAAAUACCAUGUCAGAUCUUUUUGGUAAAAGAGUUAAUGAACUAUGAGAAUUGGGAUUACAUCAUGUAUUUUGCCUCAUGUAUUUUUAUCACACUUAUAGGCCAAGUGUGAUAAAUAAACUUACAGACACUGAAUUAAUUUCCCCUGCUACUUUGAAACCAGAAAAUAAUGACUGGCCAUUCGUUACAUCUGUCUUAGUUGAAAAGCAUAUUUUUUAUUAAAUUAAUUCUGAUUGUAUUUGAAAUUAUUAUUCAAUUCACUUAUGGCAGAGGAAUAUCAAUCCUAAUGACUUCUAAAAAUGUAACUAAUUGAAUCAUUAUCUUACAUUUACUGUUUAAUAAGCAUAUUUUGAAAAUGUAUGGCUAGAGUGUCAUAAUAAAAUGGUAUAUCUUUCUUUAGUAAUUACAUUAAAAUUAGUCAUGUUUGAUUAAUUAGUUCUUUUGGA